GUUAGAGUGUACCCAAAUUCCUCACAAAAAAAUUUGUUGAAACAAUGGAUGGGUUGUGGUAGGCUUGUUUAUAACAUGGUGGUUACAAAUUUCAACCAUGGUCAUUUAUCAACUCAUCAAUUUUGGUUUCAAUCUCUUCUUAAACUUAAGAUUUCACAUACUCUUAAAUGGAGUUUCAUGAAGGACUAUCCAUAUGAAGUGCUUGACCAGGCUAUUACACAUGCAAUUCAAGCUUGA